AGAAUGCAAAAAGGCCCCUCUGCGUCAUCCAUAAAUUUCCUAUGUAAAUUUGGGCAUCCAGAAGGUGUCAAAGCAAAGCUGCCAUAUAUCUCCCAGGAGAAGCUGUGUUUCCAGAAGGAGCCACUGCAAAGAUACCGUAUUAAACAGAAUAACCAGGACAAACAUUAACAUGGCUGGAAUGGCUGUUCAGUUACUGGGCUUCUUUCUAAGUCUUCUCGGUCUGGCUGGAACAAUGACUGCAACUAUUUUGCCUCACUGGUGGAAGACAGCACACGUGGGAACCAACAUCAUCACAGCGGUGGCGUACAUGAAGGGUCUCUGGAUGGAAUGUGUUUGGCACAGCACUGGGAUCUACCAGUGCCAGCUCCAUCGUUCUCCGCUUGCUUUGCCUCGUGACCUGCAAGCAGCUCGUGCCCUGAUGGUGAUCUCCUGUGUUCUUUCGCUCAAUGCAUGCGUGGUCUCAGCCAUUGGCAUGAAGUGCACCCGAUGUGCCAAAGGGUCCUCUGCCAAAAAUGUAAUUGCCAUCUUGGGUGGAAUCCUUUUCAUUCUGGCUGGGCUCAUUUGCCUGAUCCCUAUUUCUUGGUCAACCAGUGACGUGGUGACAGAUUUCUACAACCCAAUGCUGCCCAAUGGGAUGAAGUAUGAGAUUGGGCAAGCCCUUUACAUUGGCUUUGUCUCUGCUUCUUUGAAUAUAAUUGGUGGAGCUAUCCUGUGUGCUUCCUGCCAGCGUACUAGGAGCAACAUAGUCUACCAUCCACACUCAAGAACUGCAAGGGCAGCUCCCUCCUAUCAACCACCAACAGUUUUCAAGGCAAACCAUACUUCGUCACUAACAUCUGCUUCCCGCAGUGGUUACAGGUUAAAUGACUAUGUGUGAUUCACUGGAUUUCAUUUGUAUGUUGCUGCUGUAUUUAUAAUGUACGUAGAUGUGAUAAACACAGACGGCU